UAACAGUCGUCAGUUUAGGGGCCAUAUUUAGUAAACGUUGCCGACUGUAAUGUAUUUACUGACACUUUAAAGACUAGUUUGGUUUUCAAAUAAAACAUUCUGUCAACUAUUGUGUAAGUGACGUGUUUUAAACGCGACGGUGAACGGAAAUAAAAAAUAAAAAUAAAAAGCGUGUGGCCAGCUGAACUUGUUGUACACCAAUCUUAUUUUUAUAUGUACAAAAAACAUCACUACCGGUGGCACCUUUAUCGGAAAAUAAAGACGAAUUUGAAUCAAGUCGUAAGUUACUGAUGGCGAUGAAAACAAAAGUGGUUCGUUCUUCCACAGACAUGAAUACCAAACCCUACAGUCCUGAAGAGGCCCGGGGCAUUGUGGGCUCGUUGAAGCAGCCUGCAGUCUUCUGUAACAUGGCUUGCGAUUGGCCAGCACUGAAGUGGAGCGUGGAGUAUCUGUCCAGUGUCCUAGAAGAUAAGCCACUCAGGUUCCGGAUUGGAAAGAGACAGACAGCAAAAGCUCCUCAGUUUGAAACCCAAUGCUGUUAUGCCGAGGCUACGCUGAGUGAAUUUCUAGCUUGGACCCAAGGACAGCCUGACGCUGCUAUCGGACCGUUCAGUACCUCCCCGUACUCACAGUGCUGGGCCUAUGCUGACUACAAGUACAUUGCCAUGCUGUUUGAAGAGGAGUCAGCAAUGUUUCAGGAUGUGGUGUGGACGGACUUUGGAUUCCCAGACAGAGACGGGAGGGAUAGCACUCUGUGGAUUGGCACAGAGGGAGCCAACACUCCUUGUCACCAGGACUCGUACGGAUGUAACCUGGUGCUCCAAGUACACGGAAGAAAACGAUGGCACCUCUUCCCAUCAGAAGACACCCACUGCCUGUACCCCACCAGAAUCCCCUACGAGGAGUCCAGUGUGUUCAGCAGGGUCAAUGUGGUCAAUCCAGAUUGGAAUCGGUUUCCUGCCUUUGCCAAGGCCAGUGCCCAUGUGGUCACACUGAACCCAGGACAGGUCCUUUUUGUUCCUAGACACUGGUGGCACUAUGUGGAGUCCAUUGAUCCAAUCACUGUCAGCAUCAACUCCUGGCUUGAAAUGGACGUCGAUGAUGAAGCACGUGUGGGAGAGGCCCUCACUAAAACACUGGUCUGUGCCCUGAAGUCUGCUCCGAGCCCUGACAAUUCAGAUAACUGGUUAAAUCCCACUGAGGUUGAAGCCACAUCACAUGAAACGAAUCUGCGGUACCUGAGCCUUGCUGUGCAGUCAUGCCUGGGCAAGCGGAAGGACCUCUGUAACGAGACCUUGUCUGUGAAUCCUGGGGCAGCGGUGAGCUCCCACACGAAGAGGAAACGGGAUACCGAUGGAACUACGGCAAAUAAAAUAGGAAGAAAAAAUCAUUGUGAACCUCCGCAGUUUACCUUCGGACCUCACCUGAUUCCCGUGCCUCGGAAAUUAGACGAGCAAUCAGCAAGUCCUGGGGACAAAGGAGGAGAGCGGUGCAGCUGUAAGCACUCUGAUUGCAGUGCACCCAGUAAUAAACUUGAGAGGCACCGCUGUGAAAAAUGCAGUCCCAGCAGUUCACCUGAAAGAGACAGCACUAAUGAGGCUGUGCUGGAGGAAGAUAAGAAGGAAGCAGACACUUUAACAAUCACUACCAACGACCUGCUAGAUUGCCUGCUCCAGCCACAGGUUGUCUCUUUAGUUGCUAAGCUUCUGUUCGAUAAACAGGGCACGUUUUGAUUUUUGUUUGUGUUUCAAUAAUGUUUGUAAUAAGCUCAUCAUUGUUAUUAAGUGUCCAUCUGUUCCUGCCCUCUCUGUUUAUGUAAGAAAGUUAAACAUAUAGUCAAAACUUUACCACAGUAUUUUUGCACUUUUCCCAUGCUUACACAAUGCAUUUACCACAGUUUACCCUGGUUUGCUAUGUUUUUUAAAUAUGCGUUAUCAUA